CGGCGGUGCGCGUCACGUGACUCCCCGCACAGUGCAUGUACAGUGCGUGUACUGUACCCAGCGAGCAUCAAAACCGGUCCUGGGCCUCACCUGGGUGGACUCGGCCUCAAAUGAGGGGAGGCGAUGACGUCGUUUGGCUGGGUGAAGAGAUCUGGGUCCGUGUUGAAGCCUCGAAUCUCCCUGGGCGAGGACGAUGAUGAUGACGACAGUGGUGGUGGUGAGGUGACGCUCCCGGUAGACAAGAAGAGAAAACACAGCCAAGAUGGGCAUGGUGAUGGUGGUGGUCUUGGCAGCGGUGGUGAUGAUGGAACUUCAGUGACGUUGCGAUGCUGCGAGCUCAGAGACGAAGGAGCGAGACUCGCUGAGUCAGGGAGUCUGAGGGAGGCUUUACGAUUGUGGGAUACGGCCAUCGCCAUGACAACAAAUGAUGCCAAGAUACAUGAAAUGAAAGCACAGGUUCUCAUGGAGCUGGGGGAGUGGUUCCAGGCUGUGCAAUCCGCUCACCGCUCCGUCUCCAUCUGUGCGUGCUGGGCCCCGGCCUGGCUCACCUUGGCCCGUGCCCAGCUCAACCUGGGGGAACCUGCCAUGGCUGUGCGGAGUUUCUCUGUUGGUCUGCAUCUGGAGCCCUGGGAGUCUGAGCCCAUAAUGGCCGAGUUGAGAUGGGCUCAACAACUACAGCAACAACUGCAACAACAACCACCACAUACACACCUACCACAAUCACUACAGCCUCAUUGACAAACACCACAGCAGCUACAACCACUACCGGCAACAGCCACUACCGGCAUUCACAAUAACAACAAGUGCAAUGUCAACUACCACAACUGCAGCAGCUUGGGCAACUGCAGCUGCCAAGCUUCUUGCUCUAUCUUCCUCCAUCCUGCCAAAUUAUAUUUACAACGCUCGUGUGCCGCGUUCUCUCUCUUACCUCAUCCUUUAAGCAAAUUCAGUUUAAUUUAGAUCUGAAGUUUUCGCGACUGCAGGGAUCCAUACUCUUUGGUUCUUUCGGUAAAGUCACGUAGGUAUAAAAUAAAUUAAAUUACGACGUUUCGAUCGCAACACAAGCGAAAUUCCCACCACCUCCAGUGGCUGGGGACCUUCUCACAUUGACAUGCUAAUCUCUCACAUUUACAUUUACGUACAAAUUCCUUGUCUAGCUCCUCCCACUUACCAUUGGGUUGAGCCCACCAAAAUCCGAUAUAAACUCUUGUUGCAGCAGCUCUUUCUCCUACGUCAGCAGUUCUCCUGCUGUAUCUGUUCCACCUGAUGAUGGUUGCUUGUGUUGCGAUCGAAACGUCGUGAUUUAAUUUAUUUUAUUUUAUACCUACGUGACUUUACCGAAAGAACCAAAGAGUACAAAUUCAGUUUGUUGAUUAAAACCCAUGUUUAUUUUGACAUUCCAUUUGCAAAUUGUGAAACAACACCAUAAACACCGCCACCGCUGUCGAAUAGAUGAUUCAUUAGGAGUCAAACUUAUGUUUAAAGUUGUGCCAUGGUGGACUUUAAUUUAACACAGUCUAGGGCUUUUGCAACCAAUAUUACGAGUAAUUAUUGAUUUUUGGUUCGGAUCGCAUGAAUAAAAUGUGUGUUGUACACCCUCCCUUACCUAACAGCCAAUAAAGUUUUUUUUAUAAACAAA